AACAAUAUGGAGGUCGCGAAAUGCAAUAAAUUCUGCAAUAAAUGACUUUUUUCAUACCAAAUACGUUUAAAAACAGUCCAAUUGCUUAGGAAAUAAUAAUGGGAAAGAGAGGGAGCGUCGAGAAACCCUCCUCUACAAAUAUAACUGAUAAAAACAUAAAUGAAGUUAGCAACGAAAGUUUUCCAGAUGAGGGAGAGGGUCCGUAUGCGUUGACGAAUAACUUUGCUCAGGAUUUUCAUGAAUUAGCGAAGAGAGCAGGAUUUCCUGAGUUACGAGUUGUACCAAGACCUUGCCGUCCAAAAUCUAAGAAAAUCAGUAGUGCUGGUCCAGAAAGCACUCAGCCUCCCGCGAAAGGGGAUAAAAAAGAUGAUAAAAAAGAUGAUUUAAAAAUGGAUAGAACCAUGUCUCAAUCCACAAAUAGAAGCGAUGUUGAUCGUCCACCAGCAACAUUCGCUCUCAAAGAAAAAUACGAAUAUUUUAAACCUUGCGUACAAGCUGUUUGGGAAGUCUAUGAAGGGACAAAAUCCAUGGCAAAAGAAGUUUAUAUCAGAGGAUGGAAAAUAGAUAAUCAAAUUAUGGAAAUUUUGAGUUUAACAUUACCUACGCAAGACAAAUUGGUUAAAAUUGAUUUCAAUAACACAGGUCUAACUGAUCAUCUACUUGAAGUCUUGGCAAAUGUCAUGAAACAUUUACCUUUGUUAAGGAGUCUCUCACUCGAUGGCAACCCUGUGCAUCUGCAAAGUUAUGGAAUGUUUUUGCCGGAAGAAAGCACACUACAAAAUUUAUCUCUGAGGAACUGUUAUGUGAAUGAUCAAGGAGCCACUCGUAUUGGCCAAGCUCUGACAUCAAACAAACAUCUUCUUACAUUAAACUUGUGUUUUAACAAAAUUUCAUGCGAAGGAGUAGAUUCGAUCGCUAGGGGAUUAAGAACAAAUAGAACGUUGUUAUGUCUUGAUCUCGGAAGCAAUUUGAUUAAAGACGCUGGUGCGAUAAAGCUUGCAGAAGUGAUUUCAAAAUUUGCGUUAAAUCACGAGGAAACUGUCGCUCGUCGUCUUCUCAUGUCAAAGAAAAAUGUCGAGGAGCAAGUAUUUACUAAUCCUGAAGCAGUCUUCGUUGCAAACGAUCACCACACUUUACAGAAGAGAAAAUCUAACCAUAAAGUAACAUUCAUAACCCCCGCUGGAACGCCAUCGAAAUCAGUCAGUCAUGGAGUUGGGAAAAGUGAAAGACCUCCCAGUGUACGAAGUGGAAGUCAUCUUGGUAAAGAUCAGAAGAAAGACAAACAGAAAGGAGCAAAGAAGGAAAGCAAGAAGAUCUCAGUGGAUGACAAACCGUUGAAAAAAGCUUCUUCAACAGACGCGUCAAAGGACGCAAAGAAGGGAAAGAAAACAUCGAUGGUAAAAGUUGACAGAAAAGGAUUUAGUGGAGUUGUUGAUCAAGAUGCUUCGGACGUUGUAGAAUUUCCAAAUCCAUUGUUAGAGCCGGUGGAAGAGAUUAAAGGACAACUUUAUAUCCCUGGAAAUAGAGCUCUUAUCAAUCUUAAUGUUUCUGCAAAUAAGAUUGGUGAACCUGGAAUGAAAAGUCUGCUUCAUGCAGUACAAUAUCAGUCACAAUUAGCUGUAGCUCAGGCAAGACAUGUUGGCAUUGGCUUGCUAAGACUCUCAAUAAAGAGGAAUGACAUUUCAGAUGAUAAUGUGGUGUACCAGACCUUGCAAGAAUUGAUGAUAACAAGGGAUCCAUUUUUCAAACCAGACAAUGCCUCUCAUGAUGACGCCGGAUCGAUAAAGGAGAUGGAGUGAGGAAGACUUAUCUUUGUGGAGAACAAGAACAGCUUCCAGCUUUAGAAAAAGUUCCAGCUUUUCUUCCUGAGUGUGAAAUGAGGAAAGAUUAAAGAUGUUUUUGUAGCUGAUGUAAAUAUUGUUCUCUGUACACGGAGGAAACAAAUGAAGGAUUUCAACAGUCAUGGAGUAAAUCAAUCCUGGGCAUGAAUCAUUCAUUUAUCUGAUGAAAACUGGUUAACUGUUUAUUUUACAAAAUAUUCAACAAAAUAUACAGUUCUUUAAGAACUUAAUACGUCUCUUUGUUUAUGAUAACAUGACGUUCUUUUAUGAUAAAUAAACCAU